GCCGUGUUGGGUUUCCCUUUUGUUCUCCCAUCGCGGAAACGAGGUAUCUCCCAGGCUUCACGUGUCUGUGAGUCGCUAACUGAGCCGCAUUCUGCACAGAGCACGCCGUCGUCGCGGAGUGCAGGGAACAAUAUCCACCUCAUCCACUGCCACCCACCGCUUGACUCGUUAGUGAAAAGGCAACUUUCCGGCCGCAUCUUCUCUCCGAGCACUACGAGGACGAGGACGCACCUAUUGAAGACUCCUGCCACGCAGCUGACUCGAUCCCUCCCCCUUGGGCCCACUUCAGCCUUGCGAAAGAAAGAUGGGCUCAGCUGGUGAAGUCGCCCAAAAGGGUGUAGAACAAGAUGAUCUGAUCAUGCCGCUGAUUGACUUUGGGGCCUUCCUGCAUGGCGCUGCAGCCGCCAAAAAGGCCACCGCCGAGCAAAUCUCCCACGCCUUCAAGAGCUCCGGCUUCCUGUACCUGCAGAACCAUGGCGUCCCCGAGGACCAGGUCUCGCGCGCCUUUUCGCAGUCGGCCGACUUCUUCAAGCGCCCCCAGGAGCAGAAGGACGCCCUGAGAUGGACCACCCCGGACGCCAAUCGCGGCUACGUGACCUGGGGCCGCGAAAAGGUCACGCAAUCCGACGACCCGGAAGUCAUCGCCAAACUGCGGGCCUCCAAUCCGGACCUGAAGGAGUCCAUGGAGAUUGGUCGUGAGGGCGUAGAGGGGAAGCCCAACCAGUGGCCGGCACAUCUGGACGAAACGGGGGCGGCCUUCACGCGGGAUAUGCAGCAGUUCUUCCUCACCCUGAAAGACCUGCACGUCAACGUCAUGCGCGCCAUAGCCCUGGGCAUGGGCAUGGACGAGCACUUCUUCGACAGCUACACGGACGGAGGGGACAACACGCUACGACUGCUGCAUUACCCACCCGUCAAGAAGAGCAUUUGGCGCGACAACCCUAACCAAGUCCGAGCGGGCGAACACUCGGAUUACGGCUCCAUCACGCUGUUGUUCCAAGACAAUAUUGGUGGUCUGGAGGUCAAGUCGCCUAAGGGCACGUGGGUACGUGCCACACCCAUCCCCGGCACCAUUGUGGUCAAUGCGGGCGACUUGCUUCAGCGCUGGAGCAAUGAUCAGAUCAAGUCGACGAACCACCGCGUGAUCCAACCUCCACCAAAAGACGACGAUCUAAACGACGAGGACCCGGAAGCCACGGUUCCUGCUCGUUACAGCAUUGCCUAUUUCUGCAACCCCAACUUUGACCGCUGGAUUGAGGCGCUACCAGGCACCUGGGAGGAGACCGGGAAGAAGUACAAGGGGAUCAAUAGCGGGGAUUAUCUAGUGAUGAGGCUGGCUGCGACGUAUUGAGCCCUCUUUUGCACACGCUUUAGCACGCCCUGUUGAAAGGCUUUAUACGACACCAGAAAUGAUCAGCAUGGGACUGGGUGGUCGCAUCGAAAAGGCAGACCCUUGGUUGCGAUUCCACAUGUCAUUUGCAACUGACUACGUGGCCUGGCCUGAGAUGCACAGGGCAGCGACGCAGACGAAGACGGACAUGGAGAUGUCGGGAAAAGCGCGAUAACCUCUAAAAUUGCCAUUUCUUGUUACCAACCUGCUGGCUGAAGGGUGAGAGAAAGACAUGUUUCCUUCCCAUCUUGGCCAGCUCUAUGUAUUCCCUGCACCACCGGCUUUUCAUGCAGAUAUCACGUACGUAUUACGCAUUUCAUUCCUCGCCCACCCGCAAAGCACAUGGGAAUCCAUCUACCCCAUCCACCUUAUCUUUCCCCAGUCGACCAUCCGGUAUCCCCACUAUAUCCCGCGUCCUGCGUCUGUUUGGCGGAGUUCACACCGGGGGUAAUAGACAGGUAUAGGUAUAGGUAUAGGUGUA